UUUCCAUUGCCAGAGGAACUGUGUGCUAACGGUUUCGUGGUAGCAACUCCACAUAUGAUAAGUCCGGUGCUGUUUGAUAAUUUGGGACAGGUGAAUUUUCCAAGGUUCACCUCUUCCUGGUGUAGUAGUCUUUUUUUAUUUAGUACGUUGGUGAUAUGCGGAAAAGCGUCAAAUUUUAUCUUGUUCUGCUUGGGAUCAAAGCAUUUCCGAUUGCGGUUAAUUAAGCUCACACGAAGGAAAGUGCAUAGGAAGAUGGAUAUAAAAAAGCUGCUAAAAAGACUUCAUAGUCGAAGUACAGUGACGAUCACAGUUAAGUCUUUAUAUUUAGCAAGUAUCCUUAUGUAUCACCUCUAUCACAUGUAG